AUGCAGCGGAAGAGAACAGACACAGACUCGGCUAGCGAUGCUCCAUCCUGCUCCUAUAGUUGUGAUUCAGAGAGACUGAUGGUGCCUCAGACAAGCCCAUUGACAAAUUACAGUAGUAGUGCUAUCAGCAAAUAUAGUGGCAAGGAGAAGCGCAUCCUGUGUUCGUUCUGUGGGAAAGCCUUCAGUUUCCCCAAGCAGGUGGAGAUCCACCAGAGGAUGGACAAGGGGGAGAAACCAUUCGGGUGCCACCUGUGCCGGGCCAGUUUACCAGACACAUCCAACCUGAAGAUGCACCAGAGGGUCCACACAGGGGAGAAAUCCUACAGCUGCCCCCACUGUGAGAAGAGGUUCUCCCACCAGCACCAUCUGAAGAUCCACCUGAAGGUCCACAAGGGAGAGAGGCCGUUCGCCUGUACACACUGCAGGAAGAGGUUCUCAGAGAGGAGCUAUCUCAGGAUACACCAGCAGAAAAUGCACACGGCCCAUGUAUAGUGACAUGUAAUAUAGUAUUAGUUAGUUUGUAAUUAAUUCUGUUGGUUUUGUAUGUAGUAGGGAAGUGAGGAAAUAAUGUGUAUGAUGAGGCAGAGUAGAUGAUAUGGUGAUGGUGUCUGUAAAAAUGCUUCACUGAUGAAAAGUUAAAACCUUGUCCUGUUUGAUGCUGUGGUUUAUAGUGAAAUACCAAGUGUCUUAUUACAUUUGUCCCUCAAAAUAUUUAAAAAUGUAUUCUAUCAAAGUGAAGGUUCUAGAUUUAACUGUAUGACCAUUUAUUUUGUUGAACUGAAUUACAGAAUUGAGAGACAAUUUUUUUAAAUAAUUGCAGCGACUGAGUUUCCCUUAUCUCAGUGAAACAAAACAUUAUACAUUUUUUUUAAUCAACACAUGUGGACAUUAUUUAUAUUUAUGUAUUUAUAAUACACUCCAAUGGCUCCAAGUUCAAAUCCCCGAGCUGACAAGGUACAAAUCUGUCGUUCUGCCCCUGAACAGGCAGUUAACCCACUGUUCCUAGGCCGUCAUUGAAAAUAAGAAUUUGUUCUUAACUGACUUGCCUAGUUAAAUAAAGGUAAAAUUAAA